CCAAAAGGUUAUAAUUCUGUCAUGGGACAGGAAUCUGUAUGGACUGACUCCAGUAGUUACUGUAAUACCUUCCCUUAAAAAAUACCAAACGCAAAUGAAACAUAACAUCAGCUGAGAACAACCACAAAUCAAUAUAGCAAAUUAAUAAAACACAUAGAGACAUUCAGUACGGAGGUCAGAGUAGCUACCUGAACCAUCCUGCCAGAUGAGAGAAUUACUCUGUUUCUUACUGGACAUCUGUCAAUAUCUACAAUUACUGAACUAACUCCAGGGUUUUCUGAUCACACAUCCACUUCCUGAUUACAAAGCAGUUCCUUCUGCACUGGCCUGUUAGUUCAUGAGUGGACCUGACACCUGUAGCCUAUGUUUGCUGGUCCCGGUGUUUUUUCAUUGCAGUGACUGGAUAGGCACGUGUUGCUUCUGUCAGCACAGGAACACUGUAAAUAGCAUUCUAGGAACAGCUGGUGAUGUUCUUGGUUUUGAUCAGAUGUCUGUUUCUCCUAUAGGCUGGCCCACUCAUGGAUGGUUAUAACUUAUAACGUUGGGGCACAUGGCAUCUUCUGUUUGAAAUCUAACAUUCUCUCUCACUUGCAAUGGGUUGUUUGGCAUUCUUUUCAUAGCAUUUCUUCCAUUCCAGUAACCUGGCAGAUAAAUCUUUAACUACUUUAAGGUUAACGGUCUUUGGCUUAAGAAGCUUGUUGGAUGUUGGCACCAAGGUUUUAAUCUUCUGCCCAUAAAUCUCUGAACAGCUGAUCCUAAUAAAGCAUUGUGAGGACUAUUGUGAUGUACUAACAAUGCGACACAUGGAUCCCUGGCAUCUACCAUUUUUUUCUGUUAAGUUCUUUGUUAUUUGUGCUGACUUUUCUGCUAACCCAUUUGAUUGUGCAUAAGGACUUGGCAUGUGGUGCUUGAGCUGAUAUAUCACAGAGAAUUGCUAAAACAAACUGUAUGUGCGGCUGCCAAUCCUCACAAUAUUUGGUGUUUAGCUUAAAGCUCCCAGAAACAAGUGAUUUUUGAAAAUCUCAGCUUUUUUUUUUUUUUUAAAGUAAGUUUCUAGUCCUUUUAGUUGUGGAGAAAAACUUGAAAAUGUGACCUAGAGUGCACCCUCAAAGCUCAGAAAUCAGAAUGAAAAUAAAAUAACCAAACAGCCUACUAAGGACUGUUGCACCAGCCAGAGCGACCAUGGUUGAUGGCGCUGCACCAGGCAUUGUUUAGUAAGUUCCCAAAUCUGGCUCAGUCCUGUAAAUCCACAAAUCUUUGGGGUGGCCUCGUGGCAGUGGCAAGUUGGGUCAGGGUGUGCACCCCUUUGAAUGUCAAUGGAAAGUCUGAGAGCACGGUGUGCUGGGGUGUUUUUGUCCAUUCUGGCAACGUGGCUGAAGAGCAUGCAACGCUGCUUUUGAAUAUACUGAGUGACUGAAGGAAGGCCAGAAACGUUUAAGAUCGUGACAUUUUGCACAAAGUCAAACCACUUUAUGCUCAGGAUUUGGUGCUGACAGCACAUAUGGAAUGCCUCUAACCACUCCACGUCUGCCUGUAAGAGGGUCCAGGUUUCUGACCCGUAUAGCAAUACACGUAGUACGUAAGUUUGAUAAAUUCUGAACUUUGUCUUAGCACAAAGACAUUUUCGCAUCCAUAAGCAAGACAUGGACUUCAUUCAGGAAGUGGAAAGAUGUAUUCAUCAAAGAAUGUCCAAUUUGCCACAAUUGUUUGAACUCUCUUUGCAGCCUAGGUAGAUGAAUUCAUCAGGGCUCUCCACUGUACUCAACCCACCUGCACCGGGUGCUCUGGCCAUCCAGCUCCGAGGUUCUGGGCCUUGGUCUUCUGGCAGGAGAUGUUCAACUCCAUGGUGUGGGCAGUGUCUGGGAGACCUUGGAUGGUGGGACUGAAAUUCUCUGACUUCUCCACAAGCAAGGCAGCAUCGUUGGUGUGAUCUUGGUUGGUGGCCACUUCUUGACCAAGCUUGAUUCCAACACGUGGAGCAAGAAGUCCUAAUAUUCAGUAAACAGCUCAACAGAAUAGUGUGGGGUGCAAGAAUGUAUCCCUGCCACACACCUGACUGUGGAGAAAUGUGGUGAAAGCUAUGAACCAAUAUACACUCUUGCACCUGUACUCAUGCAUCAGACAGCAGAAAUCUGGAACACCAACUCCUUUCAGUGAGAGCCAAAGUGCUGACCUGUUGACUGAAUCAAAAGCUGUACUGAUGUCGAUACAUGGAAACUGCAUCGACACAUGAACUGGGCAGUUAAAUUCUCGGUGCAGCUCAACCAGAAGACAGAGGGUGUGGACAGUGUCCAUUGUUUACUGCUCUACAGUGAAUCCUGAUUGCUGUAGACAAUGAUGUCUGUUAAAGAGCUGCUGCAUCCUACCAAACAGAAUGUGACCAAAGACCUUUUCAGGGAUCAGCAAUGAAACUGACCUGUGGUUGGCACACUCACUGUGAGAUCCUCUGCCAUUGUACGGGGACAUUAAGAUGCCAUCUUUCCAUUCUGCUGGUACUUUGAUGCCCACACUUUUAAGAACAGUUGCUGCAGGCAGGCUGAUGCUCACUGGUUCCACAGCACCCUUGAGCAGCUCAAAUGGAAUACCAUCAGGUCCAGCAGCACACCCAUUACAUUACUUUUAGACGGUCUUUCGUACUUCUUCGAGUGACAAAGGAUCAGUGUUCAUCCCUAGAUCUGCAGUGGCUUGACAGGUCACAUAGCUCUAGACAGUCAUCAGCAGGUCUGUUGUUCAGCAUGCUAUUCGGUAAUCAGACGGCUCUCCCUGCUUGAGAGACAAGGUCCUGGAGAGAUGGAAAACCCAUUCUAAAAGCAUGAGGAUGUUAGAAGGCUGUUUCUGGGUCCAGUCAGGUGCAUGAUAGCUCUGUAGGCAAGAUGCAGAUUGUCGUUCGUUAGGUUGUCCUCUGCUUUGUCAGCUAGGGAGCUGAUGUAGAUCUCACAGUUUUGUUUUGCCAUGGCCUGGAAAAUGCCUUUCAGCUGUUUAUGUUCUUGGACAUCUGUCAAAAGGAACCCCAAAUUUAUUAUUUUUCAAAUAUCACAAUUUUAAGUCAAUCUCAUGAUUCCAGCCAUGGAUGAUCAGGUUCUGUAUUCUGUAUUUAUUGUAGAUUCCACACUUCAAUGGCCAGAAUAGGAUAUCUUGGACUCUGUGUUUAUACUUUGCAAAACCCAGAUGCACACUGUGGAUUAUUCUUAGCAAUUCUGCCCUUGUAAUGGGUAUUAUUAUGAGACAAAGUCCUUUGUACAGAAUCUCAUCAUAUGCAGCAGUUUAUAACCAUAGUCACGGCAUGUUUUUAUGCUGGAGGAACGUGGGCUUUUUCGGUUGGCCAUCCAUCAAGCUGUUGGGAGGUUGCGUCACUUGUGUUUCUUCUCAGAGCUUGUCAAAUUUUGUUUCAGAAAUUGGCAGUGCUUGAGUCAGAUUUCCUUCAAACUCCUAUUCCUGCAGUGCUGACUUUCACUAUUUAUGGAAACUUUUAAAAACAUGUCUGCUGUAAUAAGAAGCUCCCUCUCUGAACUAAGUUUCUCAUUUAACAAGUACAAUAGAACUUCAGAAUUACAAACACUUUAGGAAUGGAGGCUAUUCGUAACUGAAAUGUUCGUAACUCUGAACAAAACAUUACGGUGGUUCUAUCAAAAGUUUACACCUGAACACUGACUUAAUACCGCUUUCAAACUUUACUAUGCAGAAGAAAAAUGCUGGUUUUAACCAUCUUAAUUUAAAUGAAACAAGCUGAGAAACAGUUUCCUUACCUUGCCAAUUUUUAAAAAACUUUCCCUUUUUUUUUUUAAAGUAGUUUACAUUUAACACAGUACUGUACUGCAUUUGCCUUUUUUUGGUCUCUGCCGCUACCUGAUUGCAUACUUCUGGUUCCAAAUAAGAUGUGUGGUUGACUGGUCACUUUGUAAUUCUGGUGUUCGUAACUCUGAGGUGCUAUGUACUUGUGCAAUUUCACUAUCAGUCCUUGAAGUCUAUAGAGUUCUUUGCACAAUGGUUUUCUGGAAAUAAGACCUACAUUUUUAACAGUGACGGUAAUUAACCACUGGAACAAUUUACCAAGGAUUGUGAUGGAUUCUCCAUCACUGACAAUUUUUAAAUAAAGAUUGGAUGUUUUACAAAAAGAUCUUGCCUAGGAACUAUUUUGGAUAUGUUCUAUUGAGCUGAUCACAACUGGCUCAUCUAUGAAACUAUGGACAGAGGCUUCCAAUCUGUUUCUACCAUGACUGAUUUCUACUUGUAAAUGCAUUUAUGAAACUGUUCACAGUCAGAAACAAGCGCCAGCAUCUCUCUUUCAAUCUGAGCCCAGUUCAGCAGUUUUCACCAGUGCUUUGGAAGCACAUGCCACUGGGCAACCAUUUUGCAGACGGGCAGCUCCCCUAACCUAUAUGACCUUGCACGGAUGAGUCUUGAUUAGGCUCUCGGUUAUUCUCAAAAUAUUCCAGUUCUGGGACUGUUUUGUGGUAACUUCAGUUCAAAGUCCUAACAAGCUUUUCUCUUGCCAAGUGCCCCCAGCGCCUGCCACGUGCCGCAGGGCGAAGGGUUUCUCGCCCGUCUCUGCACGGCCAUUUGCUUCGCGGACUCAUUGCCCGUCAGGGUCCCUUCUAGAUGGCGGGAUGCAGGUGCCGUGACGUUGCCCCACUUUUGGUCCCCUCGGGCUGCCCCAGGACACAGGUAACGGGGCCAAGAGCAGGCGCAGGGGUCGGGGGAGACUUUGAGCCCCAGCCCCAGGGCAGGGGUCAGUUCAAAGCCCUCACCCCCCUAAAAUGCCACGGGUCACACACAAGGCUUCGUCCCGUCCCACGGGCCCAGUGCAGGCCCAGGCCGCUCAGAGCGGGGCUCAGGCAGCCCGCCACAGGCCAGGCCCGGGCUAAGAGCCACCAGCACCAGGGGGCAGCCGGGGAAAGGGCGGGCCGCAGCCUCCCUCAGGCCCACGCAGCCCCUCAGGCUGGGGGGAGGGGGCGGGCGCCCGCAGGCCUCCCCGCGCCUGCGCCACGCUGACAUCAUCCUGUCCCCGCUCGCACGCAACCCGCCCACCUCUGCGAUGGAUUACCGAUGCGGGCCAAUCAGCUCCGACGUCUUUGAGGUGAACGCCAAUCAGAGGCCGGGGGCGGGACUUCCUCGCGCCACGCCCGCUGCGCGGCGGCGCUAGCCGGAGGAGAGGCACGGUGAGGGAAGGAGGGGGUAGCGCGGCCUCGCCCAAGGCUCCGCCCCCUCCCUCCGCGAACGCGCGCGGCCCCGCUUCCCACGCCGACAAAGAGAGUGCUUGCGUCACCCCGUCCUAGGUGUCCGGCGGCGGCGCGCGCCGCUCUCUUUCCCGGCUCGGGGGAGCACCAGCUUCGGGCCCCGCCCCUCCGCGGCCUUGGCUUUGCGUCGGCCCCGCAGAGGGCAGCGGCGCGCACGUCGCCCUGCCCCUCGCCUCGCGGCCUGUGCGUUUAACGAGCGGCGCGCGCAGCCUGAGGAGACUGAGGGGAGCCGCCGCCGCCGCCUUCCUGGGACUGGGAGUCCGCGGGCGCCGGAGCCGGGCGCGGAGGGAAUGCGGCCAGGGGCAGCCGUCGGAGCAGCGUCCCCGUGAGCAGCGCGGGAGCCGCCGCCGCCUGCCUGGCCUGAGAGCGCGAGGAGCGUCCGCCCCCCGCCGCGCAGGGCAGGGGCAGCCCCGCCAGGGAAGCCAUUUUGUGCCGCCCCGGCCGCCCCCUCCCCCACCGGCCGCCGGGCCGCCGCCCUGCCGGGCCGCCCCGGCUCCCUGCUGCACAGGCCCGCGGGGCCCCUGAGUGAGAGCGGCCCAGGCAGGGACGGGGGAGCCCGCAGCGGGCGGCGGCCGCGCUCCCCAUGGCGAAGAAAACGUACGACCUGCUCUUCAAGCUGCUGCUGAUCGGGGACUCCGGGGUCGGCAAGACCUGCGUGCUCUUCCGCUUCUCCGACGAUGCCUUCAACACCACCUUCAUCUCCACCAUCGGUAUAGACUUCAAGAUCAAAACAGUUGAAUUACAAGGAAAGAAGAUCAAGCUUCAGAUAUGGGAUACAGCAGGACAGGAGCGAUUUCACACCAUCACCACCUCUUACUACAGAGGCGCCAUGGGAAUUAUGCUAGUGUAUGACAUCACUAAUGGCAAAAGCUUUGAAAACAUCAGCAAAUGGCUCAGAAACAUAGAUGAGCAUGCCAAUGAAGAUGUGGAGAGGAUGCUGUUAGGAAACAAGUGUGACAUGGAAGAAAAGAGAGUUGUAGCUAAAGCAAAAGGAGAACAGAUUGCGAGGGAGCAUGGUAUUAGGUUUUUCGAAACUAGUGCAAAAGCAAAUAUAAACAUUGAGAAGGCAUUCCUCACAUUAGCAGAAGACAUUCUUCGAAAGACCCCUGUAAAAGAGCCCAACAGUGAAAAUGUAGAUAUCAGCAGUGGAGGAGGGGUGACAGGCUGGAAGAACAAGUGUUGCUGAACGUUCUCCUAGAUCACCAAUCGCCAUCCACCACCCCUUUUGUUUUUUCUCGCUGCAAAAUAAACCACUCUGCCCACUUUUAACCUUAAAUGAAUGUUUCAUUCCUCAUCUUAACAAAGCUCCAGCCUCCCUUUGUUCUUCCAUUUAGGACAGCUUGCUGACUAUAAUUUUCUCAACAAAAUGUAUAGAAAAAUCAUGUCUGUGACUUUUUUUUUAAUGUAUCUGCUCAACUCACCACUACAUUUUGGUUGUAUUAUAGUCCCAUUCUUGACAUUAAAACUUAUAGCAAUCAUUUCAACUCUAUUCUGCAAAUUGUAUAAGAAUAAAAGUUAGAAUUAACACUUUAAUUUGUACAACAGUGGAAUUUUCUGUUAUGGAUAAUGUGCUUGAGUCACCAUAUUCUAUAGACAUGCAUCAGCAAAAAAAGCCAGGAAAAAAACUCAUUUUCGCCUUGAGUAUGUAAAUGGGGUUUAUUUUGUCCUGUGCCUUAUGUGGAAAGGAACUUUUUUUUUUUCUGGUGGAAGCAUGUGCAGGAGACGUACCAUCCAAACGUGACCAUUUUAAAAUAUUAAACUCUUUUGUGGUUGCUUUACUGUGAUUGUUGGUGUAGUGAAUAGAGGACAAAGGAUGGUGCAAAUAUCUUAAAUUUAUCUGCUGAGUCUCCUUUAUGGUGACCUGGCCAUUCAGAACUGUUCCUGCUGCCAUUUUUCUCACUGGCAACUUUUCCUUUUGCCUGCAUGCUGCUUUUAUUUGCUUUUCUUCAUGGUGUCAUGUGUUAAUUAAAAGAUGGCAACCUGGUAUGUUUGCCAAAGUUAAUACAAAGCACUAAUUUAGCUUUCAAGGUAAAAUGUUAUGCCUACUAAUUUCCCUCUAGCCAAUGUCCGUUCACUAGUAUCUCCCCCCUCUGUCCUCCUGCAUAGCCUAUGGGUUUUAUGAUAUGGAUCAGGUAUUUGCAUGCACUAGUUUUUGAUGGAGGGUGAUGUGGUUGGUUGUCUUUCUGUGUGCGUGAAUAUAACAUGCAGUUCCCAAACUGACAACAGUUAAUAUGAACUUAAAGUCUCUAUUAGCUGCUCGAACAGGGCAUUUGGUAGCCUAGCAAAAGGUUAAGUAAACUAGUCUUUUAAAAACAAAAAACAAAAGUUGGCAGUUGUGUUGAAUUAUUGCUUCCCCUACAAUUUCCACUUUUUCCGGUGUUAAUUUGUUGUCAUAAAGAAUUUUUAAUUUGUUCUUCAUCGUGGUCAUUCUUGAGCUCAUCAUUUAAUCCUGUUGAAAAACAGCAGGUGACUCAUGCAGGGAGGUAGAAUUGGUAUCCCUGUGUUUUUGUACCCCCAUGGGUAUUUGACUUGCUUUUCUGCUUUGCUUUCAUGCUUCAUCUGUAGAUCAGGGUAUGCUAGCUUUGCUAUUUUCCCAAAAAGACGCCUGUGCUGAACUAUUGAAUGGCCUCAUCCAUUUCUAGUGGAGAAGAGAGUUGAAGGACCCCAGGCUAAUUUAGGCUGCUCAUGUACGAUUAGGUGCCUUGUUAAGGAGAGCGUUUUAACAUCCAGCUGGCUUGCAUAUAAACAGUGAAGGAGGAUUCUCCAGCAAAGAGCACAUGAAAGUUUCUAGUAGAACCCCCCCAAAUCUGCUUUUCUGAAUCUGACUGGCUUGGCCUGACCUUUGUGCACUUGGUUGCUUGAUCUUCCUCCACUAAAUAGUGAAAUCAGCAAAUGACCCUGACUUGACUUUAAUGAAAUGAGUCUUUUAACGUUCAGAUUCUUGUUUUGACCUGCUAUCAGUUUAGUAACUUUACUGAUAUGUCUCCCUCAUCCUCUCUGUUCUGGCAGUUUCUCUCCUCUGUACUCAUUAACCCUGCCCAGUUGAGUGGCUGCUGGGGAAAAGGCAAGAAACUGGGGCUCUAGGUGAUAAAUUGACACUGUUUUUGUUUCUCACGUAUUAAGCAUAUUGAUCAGCAUUGUAAAUAGACAGAAUAUGGCUACCUUUUUGUUAAAUUUGCACUUUCUAACGUUAUCAAAAAAGGGAAAAUGGAGUAUACAUCAAUUUUUGUAUGGUCUGUUUAAAACAUGGGGUCUUUAUUUGCUUAAUGGGACUUAACCCCACCUCUGUAAGUCUGUUGGGAUCCUUUGUAGAAGCUGUGUUCAUUAAACACUGAGCAGUUAGAGGACAGUCCACUCUCUGAUACAACUAGCUACAAAUUCAGUUUCAUAUUCUACUUAACAAGUUAAAUAAACUGAAAUAUUUCUA